AUGUCAUCAGCCAAAAAGGAUAAAAGGAAAGUAAGAAAGGCAGAUCGACAGGCCACAGAGAAAGAAAAGAAGCGUCGGCAAGCAAUCAAACAGAGAAAAGUGAUGCGUGAAGAGGCACUUUGGGAGGCCGAGGGUGUUACUUGUGAAGCAGGAGGCUUCUAGGUAGUCAAGAUAUGAACAAACUGCAAGUUUCCACAUUUUAAUUACAUUCUAGAAUGUUCAUGUCAGUACUGCAUAGUAAAUUUCAAUUUCUUCGACUUUAACUCAAUUUUUCUCAAAAUCAACUUUUCAUGCGGUUGAGAAAGGAUAUCUCAAGUUCUAUUUGACCAAUUUGCCUGAAAUUUUCAACACUAAGUGCUUUCAUAGAGCUCUGGGGGAUGUACAUAGAACUUUUUCUAAAGAUAGAUAGAUUGGGAUUUAAAAAUGAUAAUAUUAAUAUUAUGAAAAAAAUGCUUAAAAUAUUCAUGAAAUUUAGCAUUGCAUAACUUUUAAAGUAUUAAAUAUUUCAAAAAGUUCUAUGUACAUCCCCACUACCAAUCAUUGUUGUUCAUAUUUCUGUAAAAAGAAUUUUAUUUUAUAUUAUCUGUGCUGUUAUAUCCUUUCUCAAGUAAGAUAUGGUAUAGCCGGUGUCAGAUUACAAAUCCUCUGCUAUACCAGGUUUAAUAUUAACUAUAUUACAAAACUGUGUUGCUAGGCAAAUUCUCUGAUGCAUAAGCUUUCUAAAAAUAUAUACUUUUAUGUAGUUUGCAUCUGAACUUUCAUUUUUAUGAAAUAUUGAAAAAACACUUUGAUUUCAGGUUAAGUUCCCCCUUAUCCAUGCGUACGGACCAACUGGCGACUGACACUCUAAAUAUAACUUUACUUGAAGGGUCUACUGCAUUUUAGUACUGUGUUAAGCCUUUCGCGCUCGUAUUCGACUUCUCCGCUUAGCUCGGGGGAAACCUUUAAUGAAAUAGCUGUGUACUGUAUGUAUCAUGUACAGUCAGUAAUGUGCGUAUUUGUAUAGCCCAGCGAGUUAACGCUCCCUAGAGCGUCUUGUUAUUUUUUGUUUCAGGCGCUGUUUGUUUCUUUGUGAAACAUGUACAAACAGGGAUGUGUAUAAAUGACACAAGACUCUUAGAGGCGAACGAGUCUUGGGGAAUCUUAUCUUUUGUGGAACUUUCCAACAAUUGUCAGAAUCCAGCUGCUCAGUCUCGGUUUCUUGAUAAUAGUGCCAUGUUCAAUUUGGAAAGAAAGGGGUGUUUCGAGGCAACACAUAGAAAUCGUCAUGGUUAUAAUCUUCCUAUGUUGUAUAUGUUUCUUGCUACAAACCUUUCAGCUAAUUGUCGUCAGGACCAUGCUAUAACCCAGACCUCUUGGGGAGGUUUAUCUGUAUACUAUAAUUCUCAAACGCAUUGUGCAGUCCCUGAAACAGAUGAUCGACUUGCUACAAGUCAAGGAAUAGAUCCCUACAUAGGAUUGACAAAUUGUACCGAUGCAGAGGAUAAACGUUUUAAUUUUGGUACAGUAAGUUGUUUUUAUUUGUAUGCAGUUAAUUGGUUUGAUGUCUUUGCACAUUCUUAUUUGUGAUUUUGCAGUCUGAAUUUCAUAUUUACUCUUUAAAUUUCUCACCAACCAUUGCCGCUAAGCUAGCCUAGAGGCUAGACGCAAACCACUUGUGUUAAGACUUAGCUGUAUAUAGUAAAAGCUUUAUACCUUCUUCAUACAUAUAAGAAUGAUUCGAUUAUCUCGGGAACUGCUGACGCCUUAUUAACUUUGACCAUAAAAGCAAAAACUGUAUAUAUUUUAUGUCAUCGAUGAAGAAAAUAAAACGUAGCGGUCCGAAGACAGAGCCUUUUUAAACUCCACGUAUAUUUAGAUUUUAGAUUUUUCUUUUCAAAGAAAUCGCAAUAAAGACUCUAUGCAUGUUGUUCCAAAUAUUUCAUAUAAUGCUGAAUUUCUGUAUAUCAUGUCCAGCAAUGGUGUUUUGCAUUUUGUGUACAUCGCUAUGCCGUUCAACAAAAUCUCUUGCCCUACUUGUUACUGUCAUUUAUAAUUAGUGCUCGUCAUUUAAUUUCUAAAUUUUCGUUCUGUUCUAGGAUCAGUGACGUGCUAUGGAGAUAUGGUAGAGAAUGCCAACUGUCCUAAAGAUCAGUAUAUGGUGGUCAAGAAUGCAUCGUACCGUGGAUUGUCUGACACAAAGACAUGUGGUUUGAGUGAUGAUUAUAGUUGUGAAGUUGAUGUAACAUGUCUUGUUAAGAAACAAUGUGAUGGUCAACAUGAGUGUAAUAUACCUGUCAAUGAAACCUUGUUCUCUGGUGAUCCAUGUCCUGGAUUGACAAAAUAUCUUUACUUUGAAUAUCAAUGUAAUGAUACAACGACGUCUUUUACUAAUCUUUGUGGUAUGUAUGGCUAAUGACAUUAGAGAUGUUCAGAUUUGACAUCCGCUACUGCUAUCUGUCAGUGGCUUUAUACGAAUUUGAUUGGUUAAUCGGGUAGAUUAAAUGCAUCUGAUUGGUUGAUGGUAACGGUAUUGUGGAAGUCAAAUCUGAAGUUCCAUUGUAAAUGACAAUAGAGAGAUUCAGAUUUGACUUCCACUACUGCUACCUUCAGUGGCUUAAUGCACAUUUGACUCGUGUAGAUUAAACGUAUCUGAUUGGUUAAUGAUAACGGUAGUGCAAGUCAAAUCUGAACAUUUCUACUUCUAUUGUAAAUGCGAAGAUAAUCAAUGGCGACCACCCAAUGGCAUAAAUCAAUUUACCGUAAACCACCAGCACAUUAAUCUUCGCUUGUUUAUCAAUUGUUUCACACUGCACAUAUUUUUCUUAACUUUUAAAAAAUCGCCAAAAAGCAAAUUUUUUGCCGAAAUUCACAGGUUACCAAACCACAUAAACUGUGAAGACUUGCCCAAAAUUUUUCUUGUUUUCCUUCUGUAGUUGAUGCUGUGUUUUUAUCAUAUUCAUCUCUACCGAAUGAAGGUUUUGUAAAAAUUAAAACUGACAGUGGGAUCAAGAAUGUAUGUUGGCAAAGUUUAGGAAACGCAAAGGAUGUUGUUUGUCGUCAAUUGGGUUACAAAAAAGCAAACUCACUCGUUGCAAAGGUCGCUCCAUCGGAUUUAAAAGAUGAAAUAUUUUCUGGAAGUAUAGCGUGUGAUGAUGGUGAUAUAAAAUUAUUUCAAUGUUCAACGGUUACCAAUUCUUCCCAAAGUUGUUCGAAUUUAUCAUAUUUAAAUUGUGAGUUUUUACAAAAAAGGAGGACCUCGAUCAUGUGAUUAAUGUUUGAAAAAUAUGAAUGUAGGAGAUAAAACAAAGUUUGUAAGACAUUUAAUUUCCAUAUUUUAGGUCAUAUUUGUCCACGGCCCCUGCUAGGAGACAAACAAAGAUUUCCAGAUUCGUCAUUCACUACCUCAGCUUCCUCAGAAAGUCACAGUCCCUCUGAUGCAAAAAUAUCUAGUGGCAGUUCUUGGUGUGCUCCUGUCUCGGAUGGCAAACAUUAUCUUCAAAUGGACUUUAGAACACUUUAUGUUUUGUAUUAUCUUGCAAUAUUUGGAGAUAGUACCAGUUCCAAGUGGGUGGCUACAUAUAACUUGGACUUCACUGUUGAUUUGAUAAAUUGGAAAUCAGUAUGGAACAAAAGAGUAAUUGCUGUUUAUUAUUUUUCGGUUUACACUCAUUUGAUAAUAUAUACGUUUGUAGCGGGACAUAACGGUAUAAUAUAACAUAACUUAAAGAAAAGAAAUAUUUUUGGUCUUUAGAUAUUUCAAGGAAACAAAAACGCUUACAAUGAUGCAGCUAUACAAUAUUUCCCUGAAGGCAUAACAACAAGAGCUUUACGGUUUAUUCCAUUAACAUAUGUAGGUGAACCGUGUACGAGAAUCCAGAUCUGUGGAGCUAGUAAGUUAUUUUUCUUUUGGCGUUAAAGAGGACAAAUUAACAAUUUAUCAGUUAUUUUUUAUGAUCAAUGUGUCCACAGCACAUGUAUCCUAGCACAAACAAAUGAAAAUGUUACUUUACUAUAAUCCCUUUCUUUCUAGCCCUGUUCCCAGAUAAGCCUACAAACCUCGCGGUUGCUAACAUCACAUCAAGAAGUGCUGAAAUAUCUUGGCUAGAUCCAGAGAACACAGGAGAUGGAGAUCUUACAGGAUUUUGGAUUAAAUUGAAAAAAAAGACCUCCCUAAUCGUGAAUACUACCACAGAUAAAGUCAUGCAAUACGAUUUAGAUAAUCUCACUUCAUACACUAAAUAUGAAAUAUCAGUCGCAGCUCGAAAUAAACAUGGUUUUGGUGAAAAGACCACUACUUCGUUCCUCACAUCUGAAGAAGGUAAGUGUUUGUUCUCCAAAACGUUUUUUGCCAACUGCAAUAAAGAACAGCAAGAAAACCCAGAAAACUAAAUCAGAGCUCAUCUAAUGUGGCUCACUGUAUAAUUAUUCAAAGCGUCUGACUUAUUUUACAUUUAAAUACAAACCUCAGUUUCAUCGUUUAGCUCCAAGCGGUCCUCCAUUGAACAUCAAAACCUCAUCAAGAAGUACAUCAUCAUUGGCUUUUACCUGGGAUCCUCCUGAGAAAGAUAAACAAAAUGGCGUCAUUAUCACUUAUACUGCGUGUGUUUCACAUUCAGAAAAUGGCCCUUGCUUCAAAAUAUAUACCACAAUUGAAAAAGAAUGGGUUGUCAGAAAUUUGAAAGCAUCAACCAAAUAUUAUGUUCGUGUUCUUGCCAGUAAUAAAGUAGGAAGUAGUGCUUACAGUGGAAGUAAAGGAUUUUUUACGAACUUCCGUAAGUACAACAUGUAUAUUUGGAUAUUAUCUGUGGUGAAGAAAUCUGUUCAGAAUUUCAUGUUUACCUAGUACUUUUUUGCUGUUCAAAAACUCUAGACAAGGCCUCUCGUUCUAGCAAGACAUUUUACUCAUUAAUAUAAUAUUAUUACAUUUUCCUCCAGGAGCACCAAAGACCACAGAUAUGACAUCAAGUACGCUCACAUUUUCAUUUGAAAUUCCAUCAAAAACGUUUCUGUAAGUUUAUCGAUACUGAAUCUGUACUCUAUCGAUACUGAAUCUGUACUCUAUAACUAUACUGAGUCUGGACUCUAUAUUUUGCUUUAUGUGUACUGUAUGCAAAUCAUUUUUAAUUUUCAUAUUCGACAUAAGUCGACACUCUGUUACAUCGCCACAUUGACGCCAUCGUCAUGACCAAAUAGAAAGUGAGCUUCCGUUGAAAAUCAUCUUAGAUGUUAGGAAACUAUUUGGAUCUAUUAUUAACGCUUGUUACAUGUGUAUUAAGAAGGUAUCUUUUGGACUAGUUAUUUCUACGUGGUGGCUUUGAAAUUAAAAGAUGGCAAGGAACCUACAUCAUCUGACAGUUACGAGAACAGUGAGUUAGUGACGUAUGCCGAGCCAAGGAAAUCAACCAAUCCGAAACCUUAUAUUGCUGCAGUUGUUGCAUCCAGCGAAGUUGAUGAAAACAUGUUUAUACUUGGUGAUGGCAGAAAUACAAGUGAUCCAACAUUACUAAUACGCAGAUCAACCUCAAGUGAUUACUAUAAUGGUCCGUUGGAACCUGAUAGUAGUUACAGUAUUUUCCAAAGGAUUUUUAUUAAUAACAAGGUAUGGUAAUUGUUGGUUAUCACACUUUAGAAGUUAAGCUUUCCUUGUCUAAUUUCUCAAAAAUGAAAUCUUCUGACAGUAACCAGGAUAAUAUACUUAAACUACCCAGGUACUUAAAGCAGAAACGUUUGCAAGAAUUUUCACAUAGAUGCCCUAACAUAUCAGGAAUAAAAAUUAGCCCACACAAUUCGGAGAACACGUGAUCAAGUCAUUUGUAUAGCUAUGACUAGACAGAUAAAAACCAUCACCUUUCUUACUAUAGAGUGAAUAUUACUCCACAGACUGGAGUUCGGCUUCACAAACGAAUGAGUAUGCAGGUACAUACCGGGAAAUAAUUUAACUGUAUUCAUAGAUGAUUUGGAAUUAGGCGGUAAAAUCACGAGUAAAGGUUGGUCCUGGCGAAAUUCAUUAUUCGUAGAAAACAAUGGUAGCACAUUUCUACGAUAUAAAAUAUAUUUUCUGUUUCCCAUGCAGGUGGUGUAUUGACCAAGAUAUCCAGUGGUGACACAAAGGCAAAGGAAGGUGAUCUUGUCAACCUACUGUGUUCUGCUCAAGGUGAACCUCCAAUUACUUUCACCUGGGCAAAAGACCAGAAGCCACUGGAAAGUUUCGUGGAAACUAAAAAGCCCCACCGCAGUUCAUUACUUGUCGUAACAGUGAAAGACCAAACAAGUUUUGGAAAAUAUAUUUGUCACAUCCGAGAUCGAUUUCAAAGCACUACUCAUACAAUUUGGGUCCAAAAACUGGAAGGUACAGGUAAUCUUUGUUCUGGUCGCUACUUGGGUCAAAAUACCUAUAUCUAA